AUCUCAAACGGAAGGUGGUUGUUGUCGGUGCCGAAGCAGGUUUGAAACUGGGGAUCGGGCCCGGCCGUCGUUGUUUGUAGCCGCUGCCCCUCUUCCGGGCUAGGCCGUUCCUGCCCGCCCCGCCUCCCUUCGGACCCCUGCGUCCCAGGCCCGGCUCCCCGCCCGACUUGUACCCCACCAGCCGCAGCCCGGUCUGCGGCCCGGCGGCCACGAUGUCCCUUCACGGCAAACGGAAGGAGAUCUACAAGUAUGAAGCGCCCUGGACCGUCUACGCCAUGAACUGGAGCGUGCGGCCAGACAAGCGCUUUCGCCUGGCGCUGGGCAGCUUCGUGGAGGAAUACAACAACAAGGUUCAGCUUGUUGGUUUAGAUGAGGAAAGUUCGGAGUUCAUUUGCCGAAACACCUUUGACCAUCCGUACCCCACCACAAAACUCAUGUGGAUCCCCGACACAAAGGGAGUCUAUCCAGACCUACUGGCGACAAGUGGUGACUAUCUCCGAGUGUGGAGGGUUGGAGAAACAGAGACCAGACUGGAAUGUUUGCUAAACAAUAAUAAGAACUCAGAUUUCUGUGCCCCCCUGACCUCCUUUGACUGGAAUGAGGUGGAUCCUUAUCUUUUAGGUACCUCAAGCAUUGAUACGACUUGCACCAUCUGGGGACUGGAGACAGGGCAGGUGUUGGGGCGAGUGAAUCUUGUGUCUGGCCAUGUGAAGACCCAACUGAUCGCCCAUGACAAAGAGGUGUAUGAUAUUGCGUUUAGCCGAGCUGGGGGUGGCAGGGAUAUGUUUGCCUCUGUGGGUGCCGAUGGCUCAGUGCGUAUGUUUGACCUCCGCCAUCUGGAACACAGCACUAUCAUUUAUGAAGACCCACAGCAUCACCCACUGCUUCGCCUCUGCUGGAACAAGCAGGACCCUAACUAUCUGGCCACCAUGGCCAUGGACGGAAUGGAGGUGGUGAUUCUGGAUGUCCGAGUUCCCUGCACACCUGUUGCCAGGUUAAACAACCACCGAGCAUGUGUCAAUGGCAUUGCUUGGGCCCCACAUUCAUCCUGCCACAUCUGCACUGCAGCGGAUGACCAUCAGGCUCUCAUCUGGGACAUCCAGCAAAUGCCCCGGGCCAUCGAGGAUCCUAUCCUGGCCUACACAGCCGAAGGAGAGAUCAACAACGUGCAGUGGGCAUCCACUCAGCCUGACUGGAUUGCCAUCUGCUACAACAACUGCCUGGAGAUACUCCGAGUGUAGUGUCGGUGGCUCCUCACCCACGAGGCAGGGGCCUCUGUGUUUCCUGUCUCUGCCCCACCCCAAGUAAGAAGAAACAUGUUUCCAGUGGCCAGUAUGUCUAUUGUUGCUUUGCACCCACUGUUUCCAGAAGCUGCUCUAGGAGUUCCCGGCCAGUCACCCGUCACUCUCUGUGCCGGACUCAGUGCUGUGUGGCUCCUCCUCAGCCCAGGGCUGAGUUUUACUAUUUUCUCUCCUUUCCUCUUCUCCUUUGCUUCUUUAAUUAAACAUUUCUGUGUAUUUGUUUGUCAGCUGUUGUGUUAAUGAGCACUGGCUCUGUUUGUAUCCAUCUGCCCUAGCUGUCUCUGUCUGUUUGCUGCCUAAGGCAGUAGUCCAUGUCUUCCCCAUCCAUAUCCAUGUUAGCACUUAAGUGGGAACAAAUACCAGUUUGAAGUUGUCUUUUCUCCUGAUAUCAGUGUCUUCAAGAAAUCUCAACUUUGUAUAUUUUUUAUCUAUCAGGCUAAUUUUUUUAUGAAAAGAAUUCCAUUCUUCCUGGUUUCUUCCUUUGUUUCAUAGUCCUCUGUUUUUGCACCUUUCUCUCUUCCUUCAGUGCCUGGAGCAGGUACUGAGUCCUUGAUCCCAUGAGCAGUUUACCUUCCCAAGUCACUGCCUGAGUGGCACACAUCUGACCAGGAAUCUCACACUGCCCUGGUGCUCUGAAGUCCACCGGCUUCUCAACCUUUUCUCAGCCUGGCCCUUCUCAAGGGCUUUCUGGGCUCUAAGAGAGAUGUAGGAGGCCUCUGUUACACUCUGAAGUUCCUGUGUCAAGCCCCACUGGUACCUGUUGGGCACUUGUUAGAACUGAGAUAGGCAGGUACCUGGGAGGACCAGGCUAAAGGGGAAUUGUUUCAGGAAAACUAAAUUGAGAUUAUGUUCCUAGUACCCAGUUCCAGAGUCUGUUUCUCCCUCCAAACGUAAGCCCUGGGCUGCUUCAUUUCAAAACUGAAUGAUAGGCAGGGGUGAUCUCUAAGCUGAACUUGGGUAUUGGUUUGUUGAGCUUCCUGUGCCUGAUGGGAUAUUGGAUAUUGGCCCCUCUGGAUUGAGUGCUCUGAACAAGCACCUUCCUGAGAGGUACAGUCUGUGCGUUUGACCUUGAACAAGAUCAUUAGAGUGGGGGAUACCGACAGCAUCAUAAGGGAUGGACUAAUCUGCUGUGAUGAUCCCAGGCCAUCAAGUAAAUAGCUACAAAAGAAUCACAGGCUCCAGGGCCAGCCAGCUAAGAGCUCUACCCUUAUCUGUCAAACUCACCUUCACCCAGUUUAACUUCUGAGCAGUAUUGGACUUGUAGUCUGAAGUUCUGUGUUGACUUACAGGCCACAAAUGUCUGUUUCCGUUACUUGAAUGUGUUCCACAGAGGGGGCUGUCAUGUAAUUCCAACUUCGGAUGAGCCUUAGGGCAGGCACAGUUUGAAACGUGCUGUGGGGAGAGUUCACCUAGCUCAUCAGGCUCUAUCAAGUGCCUGAAGGUUUUUUAGACCUUCUGAGUUGCUUGUCUGAGAUUUGGAGAGUAGCAGGCCUAAAGGCCAGUGGUUUUGUCCUCUUAGGCUCUCACCUGCUCAAAAAAUAAAAGUUAACUUGAUUCUUCUGGGCCCUUAAACUCAUGGUUGUCUUUGUUUUCCACAGCUGAUAGAGUCGUAUGCUAAAAGUCAUGGCUAGCUUUACCAUACAGGGGCUUGUCCCACAGGAGAGGCUUUUCUAGUCAGGGUAUUUCUGCUCUGACUUUCUUACUUUGUCAUUCUGAUUUGGGGAUCUGCAUGGCCAUCUGCUUGAGGUUGAUUCUCCUGCAUUUACCACCAGAUAUGCACUGUGUUUGAAUAUGUAGAGUGAGCAGUUCUUGGCUGACCCUCUUCUCUGCUUUUAAUUGUGUUUGCUAGUGAUUAUGGGGUCUUCCUCUAAAGGUAGCAAGUCCAGCUGAAGACUGUUGCCCUAGGAGGCCCCCAGUUCCUUUCUGUGGAAAGAAUCUGCAAAGGAAGUCAUAGUGGUAGCAGGGACUAGUCCUGCUGGGGAUGGCCUGUCUCCUCUGAGUUCUUCCCUCCCUCCGCAAGACAGAGUCUUGCUAUGUUGUCCAAGCUGGUUUCCAACUCAGCCUUCCAAGUGGCGAGGACUACAAGCACAUGCCACCAUGCCCAUCUUCCACUGAGUUCUAAGUCUGAGUUGCAAGGAGAUUUAUUAACUGGAACUCAAAAAUAAUAAUUCAAAGAAUUUAAUUAGCAGUAGUUGUUAAAAUAGAUUUUGAGGUAGCUAUUUACCCAGGAAACCACCCACUUCUGAUGUUUUUUUCCCUGUUGCCCUAUGGACUUCCAGACCUGUCGUUCUGCCUUAGACUCUGCAGUGCAGUCCCUACUCCUCUGUGCCCCACUUGGGACAAAAGUGAGACUCCUCUCUUGCUUUCCUUAGCAAACACAUACACACACAGUUGUCAGGUUACUGGUGUUUUGUCUCUUGCCCUCCUAUGAGGCAUGUGGCCUUGUGGCUGAGGUGGGGAUUUCUGUAGUCUAAGGAUGUGGAAAGUCUUGUAGUUUUAGUUUGUAAAGUAGAUCUCUUUAAUUUGUUUUGGUUCUCAAACUGACAGCCAAUGAGGGCCUCCUAACCUGAUCUUCUUGAGAUGUAGCUUGGACUUCACUAGGAGGCCACAGAGGACUCUGGGUACCUGCGAUAAUGGCCCUUUGACUUGUGCUUGGCAGGCUGAGCCACAGGUACCUCUGCUUCCCAGGUCUGCUCAACCUGGUGACUCCAAGGCAUUCAAGGCCUUGAGCAUUACACUCAGGAGGUUGGUGCCCUGUCCUUCCAGGGAGGAAUGAGCCCUAAGGUGUUAGGACUUAAAGAAGAAUGAUAUUUGAUAAUGGUGAGAAUUCCAUAUAGAAUCAGGUUCAGCUUUCAGAAAAUUGGCUAAGAUUCAGGAAGAACAAAAAAAAAUUCAGAAUCCUACAAUGUGUUUAUGGUAGUUGAAAUUUUAGGAGGAAAUUUAGGUCGUGGGAAAAAGUGGUGUUUCUGUGGAUAAAGGGAGGAAAUGUUAGAGGGCAUUUCGGAUCUGAAGCAGGGAAGCAUUCAGAUUGUUGUGUGACCGUGGAAUGAGACUGUUCUCACCUGGACCAGCUAAGAGCUCUACCCACACUUGUUAAACUUCCCCCUGACCCAGUUUAGGUUCUGAGCAGUAUUGAACUUGAAGUCUGCCUUCCUGGAUCAGUCAGUGGUACUGGGUAGCUGUGAGACAGGAUGGGUAGCUAUGAGACAGGAUGAUAGCUCAGGUCAGAGGGAGCCCCUCCCUGUGGCAGGCAGCCAUAUCUGAUGUUUGGUGGAUGGUAAGAAUCCACAAGCAUUGGAUGUCCUGUGACCAUUCCAGACCACGGUUCUUCUUGAUUGUAGGUUUGCACAGAGGUGGUAAACAGUCGUUUUCCCGCCUUCCUUUUUCUUUUCUUUUUUCUUCUGCCCCUUACCUUUCCGCUGUAGAUCUUUCUCCCUGCUACAGCCUGGACUCUGGAUUCCUAGGCUGUAAGGACAUACAGGAAUUGCAGGGAGGGCUUCCCAGAUUGCCCUUUACUUUCCCACUUUAAGAAUGUGACGUCUCUUUGGUCUGCCUGCCUUGGAGUAGGGGAUUGAAGUAGAGUCUUUUCCCCUUACUGUCUGCACUCCAGGAUGAGGAAGGAGGGUCAUGAUUGUGCUUAGGUUGAGUUUUCUGGGAAGAGAGCUAAGCCGAGCAAAGCACAGGGAACCUGGGCCAGGCUUUCUGAGAGUUGUCUUCUCUGUGCUGGCUGCGCCACUGCUGAGAGUGUCUUAUGUUGCAGAGCCUUGCCCACCUCACCCACCUCACCCUGUCCUCCCACCGUUGUCAUUGCUGCUAAUGGUCAAAGUCAAAUAUGGGCUGCAUGAGAUGGCCAGGUCCUUUCGGACUGCUUUAUCUGGAUGUCAGUUUUUAAACAUGGAAACAUGCAGGUGCCUUCUGAAAGAGGCUUGGACUGGUAUGUCAAACCAGAAACAAAUAAGCUAAAGAAAGUUUGAACUCCAGAAGGAAGAUGGUGACAGUUUGUGUGACAUCUGGAAAACAUACAAGCACCCACGUUUGGGACAACCCAGUGAAGACGAACUUGUGAUCACAUCUACUAUUUAAAAGAAAAGUUCUCACCUUGGGUUGAUUGUGGUAUAGGGUGUGUUAUGAAAAUUGUUGAGCUGAAGCUUCGAAUUGCUUUAGUCCAGUAUGAAUCAUUUGCUUUGGUUCCUGUGUAUUUUAUGACCCCUCUGUCAGUGAUUUUGCCUCGCUCCCCACCUGAGUGUGAAUUUGUAGCAUGAUUGUAUAAGCCUCUAUGUAGAAAAUGAAGAUUUCUUGUUCCCUGAAAUGUUAUCUAACCAGUCUUUCUGUGCCCAUUAGCCUAGUAUGUCUGAACUUACUUUCUUGUUAUAUAUCUAAAAUUUCCCUCUAUCCUGUAGGUUUUGUGGCAUCCCUUUGUCAGAUGGAGAGGAAGCUGCCCCCUUACAGAACUGUACUGUAACUGUUUUUCUUUUAUAAAUAUUAUUUUCGCAGGACUGAUUGUACACAGGGCUUGUAAUAAAAUUUUAACACUGUGCUGUGAAACCACACUGAGGAUCUCCACUGAAGGCCACUUCAAUGGCGCUUGAAAGUGGAGUGUUUCUAUGACUUUAGUUCUUGUUUCCUAAGUACAUUAAACCUAAUUUUCACCCUUUCAUUCUGUUUCAGCCUCCUGUAUAAGAAGUACCGUAUUUUCUGCCCAUCAUACUUUGUAAUAAAACUUGAACAUGUAUAG